AUGGGCAACACCAGAAAGUCACCCAGCAAGCUGGGCCAGUCGCCCGCGGUGAAGUCUCAUCACGCCCGCGUCAACUCCACUUCUAGCAACGCGUUCGGUGGCCCCUCGACCCCUUCCAAACUGGGCGGCGGUGGCGGCGGCGGCGGCAGCGCAAGGAAGAACGAGAGCAGCACCCCAGCGAAGGAGUGGAACUUCACCUACCUGCCCCCGAGCCACGAGGAGCGUAAGAAGAACGGUCGCGUCGAAGGCAGGAACUUGAUCACUUGGAGCCGUAAGUACCCCGCCCGUCCUUUGUCGCAGGCAAUGAACCCCAUCUAUCUCGAAGCAAAAUCACUAACCAUCCCUCCAGGUCCCCGCAUGGCCGAAAAGCUUCUCCUACACAUCCAAUACGAAUGCUCCCGCUACCGCGUCGACAUCCCCUGGGACUCCAUCGCCCACCGUCUACACCCAGGCUCAACCGGCAGCGCCAUCCAUCAGCACCUCAACCGCUUGCGCGGCCACCUAAUUGCCGAAGGCCACUUGGUCCCGCCCAUCUGUCAGAAGCCCGGCUCGCGCGUCUUCGUCGACCCGCACGUUCGCGGCUACAUCCGCGCUAACCAGGAGAACCCGGAUGAUCAGCUGACUACGCGUCCUGUGAGGUUUGACGAGCCGCUUGAGGACCGCAAGUUUAACCUGCCAGAUGCUGUGGAGAACUUUGGUAGAGGAGGUGGAGGAGGUGGUAACUACGGCGGCGGCGGCGGCAGCGGUGCUGGUACCCCCCGUCGUGGCAGCGUCAACGGCAACGGCACCCCUCUGGGACGCACCCCUGGUGGUAUCCUUGCAGGUGUUGGUCCCAUUGGUGAUAAUGGCAUUGGCAGCUCUGGCGGUAGUGGAGGUGGGCGCAUGAGAGCCAGCCGUGGCAGCGGUCGUGGUGUCGUCAAGAUCAAGCGCGAGCCUUCCCCUGAUCCGGCUGACCUUGAUUCUGAUGAGGAGUACCGCCCAGGUGCUAAGAAGGUUCCUAAGUCGGCGGCUCGCCGGUCGGCUAGAGCUAAGAAGGUGAAUACUCGCCCGACCUAUGCGGAAGAGGAGGACGAUGACAUGGAGUAUUACGGCGUGGUUCCGCGUCAGUCUGUCGAGCAGUAUCAGCAGGGCGAAGCUGAUGUUGCUGAUGACGAGGGCGAGGCUGAGGAUUACGGCGCUGAUGCUGAUGAGUAUUUUUUGCGGUACGAUUUGGACAAUGAUCGCCGGGGCUCUGGUGUUGGUGCUGGUAACGGCAAAGGUAAUCGUAUCGGUAGUGUCCCUUCGUAUGUUCCUCAGUUCGACGACGAGGGCGAGGAUGCUGAUUUCGAAGGCCUUGACUCUCCCCCAAAGCCUGCUCAAGUGCGCCAGGCGAACAACAACGGCUACCCCACCAGAAACGAGUAUCGUCUCCCUCCGAUCACCAACCUCAUGCGCAACACCAACGCAAACGCCGAAGACGACUACAGCCACGGCGCGAACGAGGCAAUGUUCAGCGACCCCCGCUCCCCCUCGGCCUGGGCAGCCCCGCCCCCGCCCUUGAUGCGGCCCGACUUCUACAACUUUGCCAGUGCCCUGCAUUCCGGAGGAGAUGGAAACUAUCACUCCCAGCCCAUGCAAGGCAGCAGCAGCCAUGGUCACGGCCAGGACACCCAGUACUCCCACGCAUUUAGCCAACAGGGUCGGUCCCAGGAUCCCUUUUUGGGUCAGAAUAACCGCGCCUCCAGCAAGGGCGAUGGCAACCAGAUGUUCGACUUCCAAUCGGAGCCGGAUGAUGACGAUGGCCAUGAGCUCGAGCAGUCGCCUUCCAAGAGGGCGAAGCAUGCUUGA